CUCUUCUAUUCAAAGUCAGAGUUGGCCGUGACGCGCGGCCCUGCAGGGGAAGAAGAGCAGCAGCAACAGCAGCAACAGCACACAUCUCCGCACAAUGCAGCCAGGAGCGUCCAGCGAUCUGGCGUGCGGCUCGUUCUGAGAGACGUGUAUAUAUAUAUAUAUAUAUAUAUAUGUUUGUUGUUGUCGUUGUGCUUAACGGGCUCGGGAACCCCGGUGCAAAAGGCGGCGGAGACCCUACCGGAUCACGCGAUGUGUGGAUGGACGGCGCGCACUACUUUGACUCUUCGCCCUCUCCAAGCGGACUAUGAGGUCCCCCCUCCGAGUGAAACUUUGUCGGAUCGCGAGUGGGAAUCGGUAAGCAGCGCGCAGUCCCCGCAACAUGGCCUCGGCUGCUAGUGCGCCCCCCGAGCCUGGGACAGGAGAGCCCGACCGGCCGAGGCUAACGCGGAGGACCCGGAGGGACUCGAGCCGCGAGCCUCCGCAGCCGCCGCCGCCGCCGCCGCCUCCACCGCCGGAUUUGGACUACCUGCAGCGGCCGAGCUAUUGCGACGCGGGCUUCGCUUUGGAACAGAUCUCCCAGGGCAAGGCAACCGGGAGAAAAGCGCCGCUAUGGCUGAGAGCAAAGUUCCAGAGACUUUUAUUCAGGCUGGGCUGCUACAUACAAAAGAACUGUGGAAAGUUUUUGGUGGUGGGCCUCAUGAUUUUCGGCGCAUUCGCGGUGGGCUUACGGGCAGCUAAUUUGGAGACGGAUGUGGAGAAGCUUUGGGUAGAAGUGGGUGGGCGUGUAAACCAGGAACUGAAGUACACUCGGCAGAAGAUCGGUGAAGAGGCCAUGUUCAACCCUCAGCUCAUGAUCCAGACGCCACGCCAGGAGGGAGCUAGCGUGCUGACGGUGGACGCGCUGCUGCAGCACCUGGAGUCAGCCAUGCGAGCCAGUAGAGUUCAUGUUUACCUUUACAACCGACAAUGGAAAUUGGAACAUUUAUGCUACAAAUCAGGAGAACUAGUCACGGAAACACAUUUUAUGGAUCAGAUCAUAGAAAAACUUCACCCCUGUCUCAUCAUCACGCCUCUUGACUGUUUCUGGGAGGGAGCUAAGCUCCAGUCUGGGAUGGUCUAUUUACCAGGUAAAGACCCUUUGCAGUGGAUCAAUUUUGACCCCAAGGACUUCCUCGAGGAUCUGCGGCUGGCACACUUUCCUGUGGACAGCUUUGAGGACAUGUUGGAAAAGGCCGACGUUGGCCACGGCUACAUGGACCGACCCUGCCUGAACCCCGCCGACCCCGACUGUCCCCUCACUGCCCCCAACAAGAACUCCACCAAGCCUUUAGAUGUGGCGUGGGCCCUGAGCGGCGGCUGCCACGGCCUGUCCAGGAAGUACAUGCACUGGCAGGAGGAGCUGAUUGUCGGUGGUACCACCAAGAACGGUAGCGGACCUCUGCUCAGCGCUCAGGCCUUACAGACCAUGUUCCAGCUGAUGACUCCCAAGCAGAUGUUUGAGCACUUCAGGGGCUACGAGGAGGUUUCCCACAUCAACUGGAAUGAGGAAAAGGCCGCGGCUAUACUGGAGGCCUGGCAGAGGAGAUAUUCUGAGGCUGUGUUACAGAGUGUGGCAGCUAACUCGUCCCAGAAGGUCUUGUCCUUCACCACCACCACCCUGGAGGACAUUCUCAAGUCCUUCUCCGACAUCAGCGUCAUUCGAGUGGCCAGCGGCUACUUGCUGAUGCUGGCGUACGCGUGUCUGACCAUGCUGCGGUGGGACUGCGCCAAAUCUCAGGGGGCCGUCGGGUUGGCGGGCGUUCUGCUGGUGACUCUGUCAGUGGCGGCGGGCCUCGGCCUCUGCUCUCUACUGGGCAUCACCUUCAAUGCCGCCACCACACAGGUGCUGCCAUUUCUGGCACUAGGUGUGGGUGUGGACGACAUCUUUCUUCUCGCUCACGCCUUCAGUGAGACGGGACAGAACAAGAGGAUCCCAUUUGAGGACCGCACAGGCGAGUGUCUGAAGAGGACCGGGGCCAGCGUGGCGCUCACCUCCAUCAGCAACGUCACCGCCUUCUUCAUGGCUGCCCUCAUUCCCAUCCCGGCGCUCCGGGCAUUCUCCUUACAGGCUGCAGUAGUGGUGGUGUUUAACUUUGCCAUGGUCCUGCUCAUCUUCCCAGCCAUCCUCAGCAUGGACUUGUACCGACGAGAAGACAGACGCUUCGACAUUUUCUGCUGCUUUUACAGCCCAUGUGCCAACCGUGUGAUCCAGAUGGAGCCUCAGGCGUACCUGGAUGGAUCAGAUGGGAGUCGCUACAGCCCACCGCCGUCCUACCGCACGGCACUGCCGCUUUACCACACGCCUCCUCCCAGCUACAGCCCGCCGCCCUCCUACAGCAGCCACAGCUUUGCCCAGCAGACCCAGAUCACCAUGCAGUCCACGGUGCAGCUCCGGACCGAGUAUGACCCCCGCACGCAGGCUUUCUACACCACAGCUGAGCCCCGGUCUCAGAUAUCCGUGCAGCCCAUCAACCCACCUCCCGGCCGGAGCAACCCUCGCAGCGACUAUUACAACAAUAACAACAGCGGGAGGCGGAGUCAUCGGACAGCUCGAUACCGUCACUCUGGGGCUCCAGCUGCUGCUUCAGGUGCAGUCCCUCAGCAGGAUUCUGCUUCAGGAAGCAGCCAGAGUCCAGAGAAUAACAGCUCCACACGGGACUUGCUCUCCCAGUUUGGGGAGGCCUCGCUUGGCCUAAGGUGCAUGGAGCCUCCCUGCACCCGCUGGACACUGGCUUCUUUCGCAGAGAAGCACUAUGCUCCUUUUCUGCUGCAGUCCACCACCAAGGUGGUGGUGAUCGCGCUCUUUCUCUGCUUGUUGGGGGUCAGCCUAUACGGCACCACCCAGGUGCGCGACGGCCUGGAGCUGACCGACAUCGUGCCAAGGGAGACGAGCGAGUAUGACUUCAUCGGCGCCCAGUUCAAGUUCUUCUCCUUCUACAACAUGUACGUGGUGACGCAGCGGGCCGACUACGCUCAGAAGCAGCCGCUGCUGUACCAGCUUCACCGCAGGUUCCGGACCGUCCGCUAUGUACUGAAGGAGGACAACGGACAGCUGCCCCCCAUGUGGCUUCACUACUUCAGGGACUGGCUGCAAGGUCUGCAGCAGGCAUUUGACAAGGACUGGGAGGCCGGCCGCAUCACUCUGAACAGCUACAGGAAUGGCUCGGACGACGGCGUCUUGGCGUACAAGCUUCUGGUGCAGACAGGACGCAGAGAGAAGCCAAUCAACUCUAACCUGCUGACCCGUCACAGGCUUGUGGACGCCGACGGGAUCAUCAACCCCACAGCCUUCUACAUCUACCUGACCGCCUGGGUCAGCAACGACCCGGUGGCCUAUGCCGCGUCACAGGCCAACAUUCGCCCGCACCCUCCCGAGUGGCUCCACGACCGCACCGACUCUAUGCCCGAAACGCGCCUCAGCAUCCCCGCUGCCGAGCCCAUCGAAUACGCACAGUUCCCCUUCUACCUCAACGGGCUCCGGGAGACGCCGCAGUUCGUGGAGGCCAUCGAAAGCGUGCGAGCCAUCUGCGGCAACUACAGCCGCCAAGGCCUGCCCUCGUACCCCAACGGUUAUCCCUUCCUCUUCUGGGAGCAGUACGUCAGUCUUCGCCACUGGCUCCUGCUCUCCAUCAGCGUGGUGCUCGCGUGCACCUUCCUGGUCUGCGCCCUCUUCCUGCUCAACCCGUGGACCGCCGGCAUCAUUGUGCUGGUGCUGUCACUCAUGACAGUGGAGCUGUUUGGCUUCAUGGGGCUGAUGGGAAUCAAGCUGAGUGCCGUCCCCGUGGUCAUCCUCAUCGCCUCGGUGGGCAUCGGGGUGGAGUUCACCGUCCACGUGGCCCUGGCCUUCCUGACAGCCAUAGGGGACCGCCACAAGCGGGCAGUGCUGGCUCUGGAGCACAUGUUUGCGCCGGUGCUUGACGGCGCCUUCUCGACGUUGUUGGGCGUUCUGAUGCUCGCCGGCUCGGAGUUCGACUUCAUCGUCAGGUAUUUCUUUGCAGUACUCGCCAUCCUAACAGUUCUGGGAGUUCUGAACGGACUGGUCCUUCUUCCCGUUUUGUUGUCCUACUUUGGGCCCUACCCUGAGGUGUCUCCAGUGGAUGGUCGCAGCAGGUUACCCACCCCAGAGUCACCAUCUCACAUGGUCCGCUUUUCGGUCCGUCCCCACCCCGCCACUUCGGCCUCGGCCACCUCAGGUGCAGCCUCGGACUCGUCGGACUCCGAGUACAGCUCCAACAGCAGCGCGUCAGGCGUCAGCCAGGAGCUGCAAAACGACAACCUGCCCCCGCACAGGGGGCACGCUGAAGCCGAAGAACAACAGCAGCAGUACCACCUCCACACCAGCAGAGGCAGAGUAACCAGGACAGAGGAGGAAAGGAGGGCGGGAUCGGGGCACAGGCGCUCAACCAGGCAGCCCGAUCCCCCAACCUAUAAUGUGUCCUCGUCUCAGGGCUGUAAUGCUGGACCCGGGCCCAGCGCUGCCCAACGUAACAGGGACCCCAAGGGCCAGCAGCACCGGCAGGCCCCGCCUCCAGGCCGCCCGCGCACAGACGCUUUUGAAACCUCCUCUGAGGCCGGCGCCCAUUUUGGCGCCCACAGCCACAGGGAACACUCGGCGGGCCACCGGGGACGCACCCCCCUGCACCGCCCCAACCCUUACGGUCAGCCCAUCACCACGGUGACGGCGUCGGCCUCCGUCACCGUUGCCGUCCACCCCCCCGGCUCAUCCUACCCGGGAUACGCUGCGACGGACGCUUAUCGCCAGGAGGAGCCCCAGCCCUCCUUCCAGGAUCCCCACGUGCCCGCGGACCCCCACGUGGAUGGCAGAGGGAGUACGGUGGAGGCCAUGGAACUCCAGGAUCUGGAGUUUGAGGCAGCUGACAGCAACAGUGGCAGGCGGGCCAGCUGAGUGUGUGUUCGUGUCACGGCCAAAGAUGAACUAUAAGCAGAUGACCUGGCCCGGCCCGGCUUGCCCAUGGUCCUAAUGCCUUCCUUUCAUGGUGCUCAUUCUUACUGUAACCCCGUGGUCUCUUGUCUUAAAAUAUUUCUAUAUAUAUUUAAAAUGAUGUAUACAUAUGUAAAUAGGAACAAAAAAGUAGCUUUGUUUAGGAAGGGGAGAGAGUUGUGCACGUCCUCACGUUAACAGACUGGGGCUGCCAUUUUAUAUGGUGUGUGUCUAUGGUUGUGUUUGUGUGAGUGAUUCAAUCCCAAUAAGUUGACCCGGUUUGAACUAUGCAAAUGUGGGAAGGAGAACAAAGACGUGGUUUGGUGGGUAUCGCAGAGUUGGCAAUAUGAUAUUCCAAUAUACUCAGCAAUAAUUGAUAUAUUGGGAGAAAAUCAGCUAUGCAUAUAAAUAUCUAAGAAAUUAUAUAAUUUAAUACAAAAUACCAUUUCUGAUGGAAUUGGUUCAUUGGCAAAAUAUUAUUUUGUGAUACUAUUGGCAUCGUCAGCAAAUUAUUGUCUCAAGAUACUAUUAAUAUUGCAAAAAUAACAUUUUGUGAUACUAUUCGUAUCAUUAACAACAUACUAUAUAAUGAUACAGUUGGUAUUGUGAUGCUACUGGUAUUGUUGACAAAAUAUAGUGUGAUACAUUUGGUAUCUUUGGCAAACUACUGUAUCGUCAUAUGAUCGCUAUCGUGAUAGUAUCAUGAUACUUUGGUAUCAAUGGUAAAAUACUGUAACCUAUUGUGAUACUUUUAGUAUUUUUGGGAAAAUAUAAUACUAUUGCAUAACUGGUCAAAUAUAGUAUUGUACUAUUGGUAUUGUGAUACUACAGUUAUCCUGGGAAAAAUACUGUAUUGUAAUGUUAUUGGUAUUGUGAUACUAUUAAUAUUGUAGACAUAAUACUGUAAUAUGAUACUAUUGAUAUCGUCAGAAUACCAUAUUGCGAUUCCGUGAUCCCCACCCCUUCCAUGUAUGUAUGUUAGCUUUGUAAUGAUCAUUGGAAACAUGAGGGAAAUCAUGGUUAGCAUUGUUUGCUAGUCCAAAGUGUGCGUGCGUAUAAAACGUGUGUGUGUGUGUGUGUGUGAUUGUUGUACAAAGAUACACGUGUUGAACUAUGACGUCUUAUCACAAACCUGUGGUAGUUUUUGUAACAAUGAUGUUUUAACUCCACACGCUAUGCGUGCUAUUUAAGACGAGCAGAUAUGAAGACAUUUUUUUUAAUGAAGCUGGUUUUUGUUUGUUUGUUUUCAAGUCACUGCCUCAACAUUGGAACCUGUUUGUGCACUCAGCUUCUCUUAUUUGUGUGUUUGUUUUUGCAUGUAGAAAAGGGUGGGGAACCUUAAAGUCCUAUCAGUGGCCACUGAAGUUUUUAUAUAGUCAUCCGAGGGGUAAAAACCAAAAGUGUUGGUUUAUCUCCUGUAAGUAAGUAAAAGUCAAAAAAAGUACACUCUGACAUGUUAAAAGAUGACUAUUUACUGUCAAUUAUAUACAAUACCUGUUUUGAUAACAUGCUCAAUGAAAAUGGUGCACCUUUGUGCAAACAAAAUAGUUUCUUUCUUUGUGAACUGACUAACAAAGAAAAGGCUAAAUUAGCUAAUGAUAACACCUGAGGGUCGCACCAAAUGCUCUUAUACGGCCCACAAGCUGCAUCUUCCCCACCAUUUACUGUAGAAGCUUAUGUCUUGUUUAACCUUACCUGACAACAAACAGGUUAGUUUUUUUUGUGUGUUUUUUUUUUUUAAUUACCCUUAAACCACCUCAGAAAGUUCUGGAACAGGGUCCAAACAAACAGUGGGGGAACUAACUCAACCCCAUUUGGUUCUAGCCUAGCGGAUAAGCUAAAUAUCCGCACUACAAACUGUACAAGCUGGCCCAACCAGGCUAUCAGCUAACUAUAUUUCAACUUGUAGCAACAAUUUUACUCAUGUAACCUUUGUUCUUUGUAGGCCGACCAAUAAGCUAGUUAGCCCGCUAUCCUGCUAACGGCUAAAUGCUACACAACCUUAGCUUCAUCUGAACGUGUCCUUACUCUUUCUUAUCACUUAACUAGAGUUAGCGCCACAAUGCUAAUUGCCCGCCCUCCACCCGUUCAAAGCCAAAUGGUACAGCCCACCCCCCUUCUGUGUGCGUGUAUUUCCUACUUCCUGACCUCUGUCCAAUCAGCUGCUUGCAUGAACUAGGUUGUUCUAUUAUUAUUUUUGUUUGUUUUCUCUCCGUGUCAUAUUGGCAAUAGUGGAGGAAAUCAUAGCUGACAACUAUUUUAUUCAAUUUUAAAUAUUUUUUCUUUGUUUGUUCUCAAUAUUCAAUUGCGAUAUUUAUAUUUUUUGUAAUAUAAAAUGUUUUUGGGUUUUUUUUGUCAUUGUGAUGCCAGUUGAUAACAAAUGCAGGGAUUUUUAUGAGAUAAAAAACACUAUUACAGUUUAUUGUUUUGAUCUGUAUAAAGUGCUUACUAAUGUUAAAUAGGAGGAUAUGAAAAAGGUGAUUUAACAUUUUUACACUACAGGUCUCAUCAUAGCUCUUAGAGGAUUUUUUUAUUAUUAUUUUUUUUUUUUUUAAGGAAAAAGGAAGAAAAAAAAAAAAAAAAACAUGAUUGUUCCAGACUGCCAUUUUGGAUGUAUGCUGUUGUUCCGUUACAAAGAUAAAUGUAUGCCAUAUAAUUUAUUUAUAUGAAAAUUUAUUUUUGUAGUGUACAUAGUAGCGGUCAAGACAGAAGUAUAUUUGAAAGAGUUUAUAUGGAAUGAUAUACAGUACCAUACCACGGGAAAGGUGUAAACAACGUCAACACCCCCCAUUCAGUAUUACACACUUGUGUGUGCAUGUAUGUGUGUGCGUGUGUAAGCAUUUGUAUGUUUGUGUAUGUUUGCGUGUGUGAGUGGCCAUCCAAGUAGAACAUUGUACUAGCUCGCCAAAUAUUCAUGUUCAAACACUGAUAGAAUUCUAACUAAUAAAAUGAAAAAUAUAACUUA